AUGGUGGAAGUGGGUAGCCGAGGAAGUCAAAGAGGUUACAAACUACACCAUCCAAUUUCUAUGUAAUAUAAAUUAAAAAAUUUAUAUUUUCAUCUUAUUGUUAAGGUAAAAAUAUUGAUAUGUCAAUAAUCCAUUUCAAACUUCUUAGCCUGAGAACUUAAUUUUGGAUUUUAUGUUAAUUCACGUUACAAAUGUUUGUACUUCACAGAAAGUUGUAGACAAAAUAUUAGGAACUGUUAGAACUUACCUUUUACUGUUCUACCACAAUUGUAUCACUUCAAUCGUCCAAUCCCUAUCCCGCUCCAGUCAUACAUUUUUAUCUGUCUAUACAAUUUAUUAUCUAUAGUUUGCCUCACGGAUAUAUAAGAUAAGACCAUUCAUCAUCUGAGAAUUUUGUAGUAUCACAUAUUUUAUUAUUAAAGAAUUGAGUGAUAAGCAAUAGCAUCGUUUUUCUUUUCUGUGACCACUGAUGGCACUGCUUACAAUAAUGUUUGUUGUGUGCGUAGAGUGUUCUUGUUUGUUUGGUUCCUCCUCGAAAAGAAAUCCAGCCGUUUGUUUUUUCAAUGUCUUCUAAACCAAGAUUUGAAAAGUAUUCAAAAAAAAUUACAUUUUAGAGUAAGUUUAAUCUUUAUUUAAUGCGCUAGUGUUAAUUUACUUCUGAUCAACAUUCAACCAACUAAUUCUGAACAUUUUAAUUUUAGCAUCAACGAACAACUGCUGUUUGUCGUCAUAUUCGAUAUUUGGAUCUGGGAUGCAAUUUUAAUUGUGAGAUGUACUAGUUAUCUAUUUGGUUAGUUUUUAAUUUGUAUAUUAUUUGUGCUUCGAUAUAUAUGCAAGUAACUAGAUAGGUACUGAAUGUUUAAUUAUUAGUGGAUUCAUUAGUUUAUAUAAUCAAUUGAUAAUUUCUUGUGUAAUACUAUGCAAUUUUGUUUAGGAGUUUAUCUAUACAGUAUUAUUUUACUGUAGAAAUUGUGAACAAAUUACAGUGUUACUUUAAUAUGUGAUCUACCUAGCAUGUGGUUUACCAGUAGGUGAAUUUUCAAUUCAGUUUAUAUUUUUGACAUUUCAUGCUUAAAAUUAUUCAAAAAUAUGUAUGUUUAGAUGCCAACAUAUUUUUUCUAUAAAAUAAUAUCAAUUUGAAGAUUGUAGGAGUUCAAGUGUGAUGACAACUUGUCUCCGCUUUAUAGCUCUACUAACUCAUACUUACAGAUACAAUGCUUUUUUUUAUAGUAGUUGAAGCCAAGAUAAGCUUUAGUAAGUUAAGUAUAAACCUAAAACUCAAUACACUAGUUUAUAUAUUUUUAUAUUUAACGUAAGAGGUAGACCACAUAUAGAAGUAGCACUAAAAUUACUUACAACUUUAGAAUUAUAAGAACUACAGUUGAAUUUUGAUUAUCCAAACUAAUUGGGGAAGCACCUAGAAAUUGUUUAAAAAAUUAUUUUUUUUUUUAACACAAUUAUAUAAUACCAUGUAUUAUAUAUAUUAUAAACAAAAUAUUUUCUAUGAGAGUAAAAUAUUAUUAAUAUUUUAAUAUUUUCAAGCAAGUCAAUAAAAUGGUUAAAUCAUUUUGUACUUAAUAUUCAGAAUUAUAUUUUAUAAAUAAUAAAUUACUUAUUUAUAUGAAUCUUUUCUGUUAUCUAUUAACAUUUCUUCUAAUUUGUCUUAAUUGAUAUUUGGGUAUUUCAGAUUUUGAGAUUAUUUAUGUUAUUCAAUUUUUAGGGUUAAAAUAUAUUAUGUUUAUGGCAUUCUAAACUUUUUCAUAACUUGUAAGUUUACAGGGAGUUGUCGUUUAAAAAAAAAAUUGCGUUGAAACAAUAUUGAAUUACUAAAUAAAUUUAUAUAAUUUAAGUAUUUUAUAUUUCAAAAAAUGGUCUUCAGUGACAUAAUUUUUGUCCAAGUCUUGAGAGGAGAUGGACAAUUUUUGAAAAUUGUGUAAAAUGAGGGUGGGGGUAUGGAUUUAUUAAGGCUAAUAAUUAUUUUUAAAAUGGAAGUGGUAGGGUUUAAAAAUAAAAAAUGUCAUCAUAAAUAUAAUAUUGUCUUACAUUUCAAUAAGACAAUUAAUAGAUACUUGGUAGGUAGAAUUAUAGAUAUUAAUAAUCAACAAAUUAUGCAAUUUAUUAUAAAAGUAGAUCAACUCGUAUUGGCUAUUUCAUUGAGUACCUACAUACAUAUUGGUCUAACAUUUAUUAAUUUGUUUUCAAAUUGCCAUAACUUCUAUAAAUUACUGACAAAUUCUGGUGCACCAUCAUCUUCAAGCAUUUAAAAGAAGAAAAAAAAUGGUUUUUGAAGUUUUUCUGGAAUAAUAAAAUAAAAAAGUUUCCCUCAUUUGGUAAAUUUUCAAAUUCAGUGUCUGAAAACAUAUAUUAUGAAGGAAAAAGGGUGAUCCAUAAAGUAAAAAUAUUCCAAAUUGUUCACAACCAUAGUUUCAAAUUUAAACUAAAAAAUUUAACUAAUGAAUGUAUUAAAACUAUAGUUAGCCAUAUAAACUAUUAUUGUUUAAUGACUUUUUUUAAAACUUGUUACUAGUAUUUAAGUGAUUAGUGUAAUAAGUAAUUUAAAAGACAAGACUGCAGCAGGAUUAAUCAAUUAUCUAGCAAACUCUAGAAAUUAUUUCUUCAUUUAUACCAGAUCUUUUAGCUCAUAUUUAUAAGUUUAGUUUAUUGGUAGGUAUUUUUGCAAACAAAUUUAAAUUAUCAAUAGCCCAGUAUUUUUUUAAAAAAACUUAUUGAUUUAAUGAUCUUAUUGAUAGAUAAUUUAGCCAAAAUAUUAAAAAAAAAAAAAAUAGUCAAAUCAAAACUAAUGAGUUUCUUGGAAAAGCACAAUUAGUUUGGGUUUAGGCUGGUAAACUGUGGAAACUGUGACAUAGUGGUUAUUAAUAAAUCUUUAUAAUGUAUGAAAAUAAAAUUUUUAAAUUCCAAAUUUUUUGCUACUGCAGAGACUGUUUACUGAAUGUAUUGAAAAAUUAAGUUCUCAGUCAUAAAUGAUUAUGUAUAAGUUUUGAAUAAAACAGAUAUUAAUUUCUAAACUGUUUGUUAAUAAAAAUAAUAUUGUUGACUUAGGAACACAUUAUUUUUUUCAUAUAGGAUAUUAUAUACUUAUUACCAAAUUAUUAUUUAAAUUUAAUUUUUUUUUUUUCUAUAGAUGUACCGUUAA